UUUUUUUUGGACAAAAGGAGAGAUAUGGUCAAUUGCUAAAUUACUUACCAGACAAAAUAAAAAAGAUUACGAUAAGUGAAAAAAGAGAGAAAGAGCCAGAGGAGAGAGAGAAGCUUUUGGUCGUGUUCGUUUUUCUUUCUUUCUUUCUUGCAAUAAUAAAUAGAAGCAAAUCAUACUCCAAAAACCUUCAUUCAAACCUUGCUACCACUUUCUUCCCCUAAAAGAUUUCAUCUAAAUUCAGUAAACUCAUCUACGAGUUCUUGUUUUUCUUUAAAUUUUCUAAGAGAGAGCCUAAGCUGUUUAAUAUAGUCAUCUAAUAUUUAGAGAGAUGGUGGGAGAGAGAAUGUGGUGGUGGUCAUCAUCGUCGACGAAACUCCGAUCAAACCUUGAAAGAUUUCUCAGAGGAAUCACUCCAAAACCUCCUUCUUUCUCUUUAUCACAGAGCUGCAAGAAUGAUUUGAACAGUUUGUGGAUCCAUGAGAACAAAGAUGAGAUUGAAUAUUUCAGGCUUAGUGAUCUUUGGGACUGUUUUGAUGAGCCAAGCGCGUAUGGACUUGGAUCAAAGGUCGACUUAAACAAUGGUGAAUCCGUUAUGCAGUACUAUGUCCCGUAUCUAUCCGCCAUUCAAAUCUAUACUAACAAAUCUACAGCCAUUUCUAGGAUUCAUAGUGAUGUGGUUGAUUGUGAGAGUGAAUGUUGGAGUGAUGAUAGUGAGAUUGAGAAGUUGUCUAGGUCAAUGAGCAGUGGUUCUAGCAAAAUAUGGGAUUCUGUUUCUGAUGAUUCGGGUUAUGAGAUCGAUGGUACUUCUUCAUUGAUGCGAGAUAAGCUCGGUUCUAUUGAUUUUCAGUACUUUGAGUCCGUUAAACCGCACUUGCGUGUUCCUCUUACCGCUAAGGUAAAUGAAUUGGCUGAGAAGUAUCCGGGACUUUCGACUCUAAGGAGUGUUGAUUUGUCUCCAGCAAGUUGGUUGGCCAUUGCUUGGUAUCCAAUUUACCACAUUCCCUCUCGGAAGACCGAUAAAGAUUUAUCGACAUGUUUCUUGAGUUAUCAUACUUUAUCUUCGGCUUUCCAAGGUAACUUGAUAGAGGGAGACGAUGAGAUUAACGAAACCAUGAAAGAAGAAACAUUGUGUUUUGAUGAAGGACCGGUGACCAAGAGUAUACCUUUGGCUCCUUUUGGUUUAGUUAGUUACAAAUUGCAAGGAGAUUUGUGGAGGAAUCAAGAAUGUGGUGACCAAGGACGUAUAGUUUAUCUUCGCAGUGCAGCUGAUUCGUGGCUGAAACAGCUUAAUGUUCAAGAUCACCAUGACCAUAGCUUCUUCUCCAUGAACAUGAGCUUGUAGAUCCAAAAAAAGAGAGCCAAGACUCUGUUUUUUUGCUCUGUUUUUAGUUGUUUUCUUAGCCAAGACUCUGUUUUUUUGCUCUGUUUUUAGUUGUUUUAAGAAUCUUAGGUAUAUAGCAACUCGAAAUGUAGAGGUUUCGUUUCCUUCUGCUUGAACCCGUGGAAAAUAAAGAGAAUUAGGCUUGUUUUUGGCUUUAUGAGAAGGAAGUUUUUUUUGUUUUGUGAGAGAUUAUGGAAAUGAAACCUAUGAGUAUUGUCUCAAGUUUUUUUUUCUAGGAUGUGUUUUAUGUUUGUAUGGAUAUCUGACCAGAUAACUUUGUUGUCCAAACAUAUCUGUCAAUGUUUUCCUUUUUAUGUAAAUUGGUUCG